CGAGGAAGUACACUUCCUGGUGUUAUGUUGUUUGCUAAAUUAGCAGGGUUUCGUGUGUUUUCGUGCAAUAAGUUAUUAAACUUUUCGGCUAUUUUGGACGCAUUCCUCUGACAACACAUGUCAGAAAGGACUGCGUAGAAUAACGCAAAUAAUUUCAUAUCUGGUUUACUGAAGCCUCAAGAUGCCAGAGACCGAGCUAUACUCCAACCCUCUGGCCCCAGACAACCAUGAGGUCGAAGAUCAUCGGUCAGCAAAUCAAUCCAAGCUGACCAAUGAAGACUUCAGGAAGUUGCUGAUGACCCCUCGGUCUGCUCCGUCCUCAGCUCCACCGUCAUCCAAGUCCAAGCACCAUGAAAUGCCACGGGAGUAUAAUGAAGAUGAGGACCCAGCUGCACGUAGGCGGAAGAAGAAAAGCUACUACGCCAAGCUGCGACAGCAGGAGCUGGAGCGGGAGAGGGAGCUGGCAGAGAAGUACCGUGACAGAGCUCGCGAGAGGCGAGACGGAGUCAACAAGGACUACGAGGAGACUGAGCUCAUCAGCACCACGGCCAACUACAGGGCUGUGGGGCCCACCGCAGAGGCUGAUAAAUCGGCUGCAGAAAAGAGGCGUCAGUUGAUCCAGGAGUCCAAGUUCUUGGGUGGUGACAUGGAGCAUACUCACUUGGUGAAAGGUCUGGAUUUUGCCCUGUUGCAGAAGGUACGUGCUGAGAUCACCAGCAAGGAGAAGGAAGAGGAGGACAUGAUUGAGAAAGUACAAAAGGAAGUCAAAAAAGAUGAAGACCCUGAGCAGAAAAUUGAAUUCAAAACUCGUCUUGGAAGGAACAUCUACCGUAUUGUCUUCAAGCAUCGCCAGACGGAGAGAAACGAGCUGUUCCUGCCCGGCCGCAUGGCCUACGUAGUGGACCUGGAGGACGAUUACGCAGAAACGGACAUCCCCACCACCCUCAUACGCAGCAAAGCCGACUGCCCCACCAUGGAGGCCCAGACCACUCUCACCACCAAUGACAUUGUCAUCAGCAAGCUGACCCAGAUCCUGUCCUACUUGAGGCAAGGCACACGCAACAAGAAGCUAAAGAAGAAGGACAAGGGAAAACUUGAUGAGAAAAAGGCUCCUGAAGCAGACGUAAGUAUAUUCGAUGACAUUGGAGACUACAUUCCAUCCACCUCGAAGGUGAACCGUGAAAAAGAGAAGGAACGCUACCGUGAGAGAGAGAAGGAGAGGAACCGGGAGAGGGAGCGGGAGAGGGAGAGGGAACGAGAGGAGGAGAAAAGACAGCACAGUUACUUUGAGAAACCUCGGGCGGACGAUGAGGCUAUGGAAAUCGAUAAAGCUCCGGCAUCAGUGAAGGACCAGAUCAAGAUGAUUAACGAGAAGUUUGCGGGUGCUGCAGGACCACAGUGGCAGGCUCAGGAGACGGCUGGGACGAGGCGGGAUGACAAGAGAUCGAGUCUCGGCGACUUCUUUGGGACGUCCAACAGCUACGCGGAGUGCUAUCCUGCCACAAUGGAUGAACUGGCAGUGGACAGUGAUGAUGAAGUGGACUACAGCAAGAUGGACCAGGGUAACAAGAAAGGUCCUCUUGGUCGCUGGGACUUUGACACACAAGAGGAGUACAGUGACUACAUGAACAACAAAGAAGCCCUACCCAAGGCUGCCUUUCAGUACGGCAUCAAGAUGUCAGAGGGCAGGAAGACUCGCCGCUUCAAAGAGACAAACGAGAAAGCAGAGCUCGACCGUCAGUGGAAGAAGAUCAGCGCUAUCAUCGAGAAACGGAAGAAGAUGGAGGCAGACGGGAUUGAUGUAAAGAGGCCCAAGUACUGAAGCUUGCUAUGAAGCUUAAUCCAAGACCACAGCAGAUUUUAAUCUUUAAAAAAUGUGUAUAGCUCAAUUUUUUGUAGAAUAGUUUGUGUGCUCCCUUCUCUGUUUUCCUCCCAUUUACGUGGUUGUAUCAAUUCAGUUUUCUCAUGUAUUGUUUGAUCCAAGCACGUUUUUUGUUUUGUUUUCAAGCUUUAGCAAUACUCUGCUAUAGCCACACUUGGCUGUAGUUAUUUUGGCUAUUCAUUUUCUGUACAGUACUGCAGACAGAGUAAACUGAGUAACUUACAUGCAAUGUGUUUAAUUACGAUAAAACAUGUCAGUACAAAAAACCCAACACAACAAAGCCUCAUUACAUAUACAUAGAAGACUCACAACUGGCGUUUCUGACAUGCACAUGUAAGAAUCUUGACUGUAACAAUAAAACAAAUAUGGCACAGUACGAAUUCAUGUAAGUUCAAGACUUCUUGGGGAUAUACUAAGGAGCUAUUUCAGAAGUAAACCAGGUUAAGUUAAGAGUUAAGUCAUCUAAUAGAAGAGCCUGGCGUCCUGAGAAAAUGAGGACUCCGGGCUCUUCUAUUAGAUUUACCUCUUAACUUAACCAGCUUUACUCCUGAACCAGCUUCUUAGUAUAGGCCCCUUUUUGUCUGAUUAAUAGUUGACAAAAUAACAAUAAAACAAUACAACCUCAGCUGA